AUGACUAUUCUAGCAAAAAUAGCAGGUAAUGGAUACGAAGAAGUUAACUAUUUUCCACAAUUAGAUGAUUGGACAACAACGUCAGUAGCAAAAACACCACGACCUGGAACAACAUUUCAAAGAGUGGUCAAAACAGCACAGAAUAUACAUACAGAAGGACCACCCUCAACAGCUACAUUGAUAACUCGGGCCGGUACCGCUCGCAAUCGCACCGCUCGUACCGCACUCCAAACUGCAUCGCGAGCAUCCCGAGCUGCCACUGCCCUUGCCGGUGGUACUUCAUUUGAUGUAGACGCACCCGUUACAUUAAGGUUAAUAGACAGAAAUGACAAACUAUUCAUGCCGGCCUCGAAAACUCUUUUUGAUUACAUAUAUUAUUGUGAGAGCAACGUUCGCAAGGCCAUGGAUGUGGCGUUUCAAGCAGUAAAAGUAGAUGAUACAACCGACUGGUGGUGGAACUUUUCUCUCGCUCGAUGUUACGAAUCCCUCGGAAUGUUUAGAAAUGUGGAGGAAUGCUUACGACAAGCACUCAAACAGAACAAACAUGUAACUAUAUAUUUACGGUUGAUGGCAAUGUAUGUCAGUCUUAAUCAGCCUCUUUCAGCCCUGGAAGUUUGUAAACAAGGUCUCUUAGUAUUUCACGUGAAUACGUCAUUAUUAUUAGAACAAGCCCGUAUUCACGAACAUAUGGGCAACCUGGCUGUAGCUGUGAAAUAUUAUCGUAUUGUAGCAACUGAAGAUCCUUCAAAUAUCGAGGCGAUCGCAAAUAUUGCUAUGUAUAAUUUUUACAAUGAUCAACCAGAAAUAGCGUUAAGAUAUUACAGGAGAUUGUUAGCAACAAAUCCUCCAGGCCCUGAGAUUUAUAAUAAUCUCGGUCUCUGCUGUCUCUACUGUAAUCAAUGGGAUCUUACGCUGCCCUGCUUUAGGCAGGCGCUUUAUUUCGCUACGAAUCCAGAAACAUGUUCUAAUAUCUGGUUUAAUUUAGCACACGUAGCAUUGCAAGCGUCGCGAUCUCCGAGCACGGGCCCGCGCGACGAGCUCUGCGAGCUUUAG